UAAGGUAAGAGGCUUUUAACCAUAGUGCUCUGUAUGUUCACGGUAGGAAAGCGCUGGCUGUAUUUAAAGCCCGUUGCUUUGUUGCUCCUUUUACUCAACAAUGAAGGAGGCGCCUGCGUUCUGUGCGACCCGCCUCGAGGCAGGUGCGCCCCGCCCCUCCCUGGGCGGACAGCUUGGGUGGCUCUUCCAGAAGGCCACCGUUGGCGCCAGCCCCCACCAAGCAUUGGGACGCGUGCCGGGGUUCUGAACGGUGGGGAGUCGCCGCGUGUCGCUGGGGCAAAGGAGUGAGGAGCGUUCUCCCGCAUUGUGGGCGUAGGAGGCAGAGCGUCCUCCCAACGAACACCCGUGAAAGGGGCCUUUGGGAGACUUCCACGUGAGCGUCCGCGCCUAGAUCGCGGGACCUCAAAGGCCAGCGGCCGGAGGCCUCACCUGCACGGCCAGGUGGAGCGGGUCAUGGCGCAGCUGUGUGGGCCGAGGUGGUGCCUGCUGGCGCUGCAGGCUUCGCUGCUCCUCUUCGGGGCGGAGGCAGCGGACCUAGAACGCGACUUCUGCAGAGCCCCGCAGAUGGAGGGAAGGUGCCAGGCUGCCCUCCGCAGGUGGUGGUACAACGCCACGGGCGGGUCCUGCCAGCAGUUUGUGUAUGGAGGCUGUGGUGGGAACGACAACAACCACCUGACCAGAGAGAAGUGCCUUGAGAAGUGCGCUAACGUCACGGACAACACGGCUGACGACCUGCCCACCGGCAGGAAUGGAGCGGGUUCCUCGGUCCCGGGUGUGCCCAGGAGGCAGGAUUUCGAGGACCCCCCCAGCGACAUUUUCAGCUACGAAGAACAGUGCUUGGCCAGGGCGGUCACCGGGCCGUGCCGCUCCUCCUUCCCACGCUGGUACUUUGACGCCCAGAAGAACACCUGCCAUAACUUCAUCUACGGGGGGUGCUGGGGCAACAAAAACAACUACCUGUCCAAGGAGACGUGCCUGAGGCACUGCUCCUCCGGGGGCAGGCAGUUCUACUCCGCCCUGCCCUGCAGCACCAGAGCCGUCCUGGAGGGGCUGUUCCUGACUGUCCUGCUCCUCCUGCUGGGAGCCUCCGUGGUCUACCUGAUCCUCGUGGCGCGGAGGAACCGGGAGAGCUGCCCCUUUGUCUGCGGCCUCCGGGGCGCCGAGAAGCCCGUGUUCAAGAAGAAGGGAACCUGGGGAAGGGGCGGGGUGACCACUGCAGAGUGCCAGUGUGCUGUUUAAAAUAGACCGAUCGGUGUGCGUUUUUUGCGAUCUGGAGGGCUUUUGGUCUGUUUCUUGCUUCAGAAGCGAGGAGGGCAGCUUCCAGGCCCCGAGGGGCAGGUUCAGGAUGGAGAGGCCUGGCCCCAUACCAGACUCGACUCCUCUUUGAUUUCCUUACUCCAGCUGCAGAUGUCUUUGUUUACGUUAAAACCUUUCGCCUCCUUCCCUAUCACCAAGGUGAUGUUUUCAUAGUUUCCUUUGUUGGUUUGGUGUGUGGGGGUUUGCUUGAAGUAAGCAGAAACAAAGUUGUUUUUUUAUUAGGAUUCUGAAAGGAAGAGAGUAAAAUGUACCAGCGUAAUAAAAAGAGUCUUACCUUU